AUGAAAGAAGCUCUUGUGAGCAAAGGAACGCACGUCCAAAUCGUCGACUCCCCCCUCCCUGAAAUCAACGAAAACCAGCUUCUCAUCCGCGUCAUCGUCUCCGGAAGCAACCCCAAAGACUGGAAGCUUCCAGACCUCUUCAAUAUCCCCGGCGCCACCAACCAGGGUGACGACAUCGCCGGCAUUGUGGAAAGGGUCGGUGCCAACGUCUAUGAAUUCAAGCCCGGCGACCGCGUCGCCGCUUUCCAUGAGAUGCGCACGCCGGGAGGAAGUUAUGCCGAGUAUGCCGUGGCGUGGCAGCAUAGUACUUUCCAUAUCCCGGAGAAUAUCAGUUUUGAGGCCGCUACCUCGGCCGUAGCGCUCUACCACCGUCUCUCCCUCCCGCAACCCUGGACCCCGAUCACCUCCCCCUUGCCACUAAUCAUUUACGGCGCCGGCUCCGCGGUUGGCUUUUACGCCCUGCAGCUCGCCAAGCGGAGUAACAUCCACCCAUUGCUGUGCGUUGCAGGCCGGUCAAAAGAUUACGUCUUAUCCCACCUCGAUCCGAGCAAAGGCGACGCUGUAGUCGACUACCGCGAGGGCGACGAGGCGGUCAUUUCCGGCCUUGUGGCCGCGCUGAAAGACAAGGGCUUCCCACCUGUCAAGCACGCCCUGGACGCUGUUUCGGAAGGCAGCAGCGCGCGCAACAUAGGCGAAGUAUUCCGCCGCGUCGGAGCCAUUGACACCCCCGACGGGGUUAAACCCAAAGUAACCUUCGUUCUAGGCCACAAGCAAGAGGGUGUUCCCGACGGGGUGGAGCAGAGCGUCACGACGGUCGGUGAUGUGCAUAGUAAAGAAGAGGGGAAGGACCUGGGCUAUGUAUUUUUCCGGUAUUUUGCGAAAGGCCUGCAUGAGGGUUGGUUUAAGGGGCAGAAAUGGGAGGUUGUGCCAGGGGGGUUGGGGGGCAUCGAGGGAGCGUUGAGGAAGUUGAAAGCGGGAGAGGCCAGUGCGGUGAAGUAUGUUUUUAGGAUUGCGGAGACUGAGGGCGUUGGGAAGUAA